GCAGACAUCUUUGUCAGCAGGUGUUUCUAAUAACAUUAACGAUGGCUCUGUUCUAUUCAGUUGUCCCAGUGAGCGAUGGCAUCGUGGCAGUGAGCCAGCAUGCACAUUAAGGAGCUAGAUGGAACUCAGUCAUCACUAACUUAAUUAUUUACACCUGUGCUUUUCCUACUGCGACAUGUCAAAAUGGCUUCCGAGAAAGAAGCCUGUUUGGGAAUAAGUCUUCAUAAGUGAUGAUAUAGAAAGUGAACUGCCCCACUGUGGUCGCCGUUUAGGACUUAAGUUGCACACAGGGAAAAAAAAAAAAAAAAAUGGGGAAUCAACACGCUAGGUGACGCUAUCCCAGUGCACUUGACGCCAUUUCGUCGUUGGCUGCAGAUGCUCCUCCGCGCCGCCAGGGGGCGCCGUGCUGCGGGCGGGCCCGAGGAGGCGCAUUGUGGGCUUUUUGUUCCCAGCUCUCCUCGGUGCGCUGUCCACUUCAGCACCACAAGCCGAGCAGAGGCAGCGGGGCUACAGCUAAACGCUGAAGAAGAGGGACGGAAGACACGGCUCAACAUCAGCACCGACCCAGGUCCCAAAAUACUGAAAAUACUGCAACGUAUCCGCCACAAACGCCGAGACCAACGAGGCAAAAGGCUGCAGGAAAAGGGUUCAGUAAUCAUGUAUGAUGCGGCGAGGGUGCCAUCUCCUAAGGAUGGUGCAAACGGGAUGGCCCAGCCCGUGGUCCCCGGGGCAGGACCAGGACCGGGACCAGCUGCAGGAUCAGGAGGGCCGGCAACGAACACAGUCCUACAGGCGAAAACAGAGGAGGGACAGCCAGGUACGGAGGAGGAGGAGGAGGAGGAGGAGGACCAGCCCAAAGCAGAACCCGUCCUGGUAAAGAAGCCACACAGAGAGAUCCUGGACCAUGAGAGGAAGAGGAGGGUAGAGCUCAAAUGUAUGGAGCUCCAGGAGAUGAUGGAGGAGCAGGGGUACACAGAGGAAGAGAUUCGGCAGAAAGUGAGCACAUUCAGACAAAUGCUGAUGGACAAGGAGGGCGUCAUCACCAGAGAUGGUCCACACACACAACCAGUGGUCAACCACCUGCACUAUCAGCCUGACGGGUACGAAGAGAACCCUGAAUUGGUUGGCUAUGAAGACGGAGACUAUGACCACGAUUACCACAGUGACAAUCGAGUGAAGAGGAAAUCAAGCAGCUCUCCAUCCCCUCGUCCAAAGAAAAGGAAGAAGAAGAAAUCUGGCCGCCGAAGGAGUCGGUUUGGCAGCUCCUCACCCACUCACAGAGAGAAGAAGAAAAAGAGUGGGAAGAAACACAAGCGAGACAGAUCUGCAUCUGGCUCCAGGAAAAAGAGGAGAUACAGGUCGGGCAGCCCAAAGAACAAACACAAAGACAAGAACAAACAGAAAAAGAGGUCCCCUGGUGAGACCCCAAGUAGGAGUUCACAGCGUCAAGGCAGCUGCUGUAGCUCCCGAAGCGCUUCCCUGUCGUCCACUCGGAGCACCUCCAAAUCUCCUGCCAGGCUGAACUCCAAGCACAAGACGGACGGACAAAAGGCGUCCAGCACCUCACUGUCCCCGGGCACCAACACCCCCGCCGCGUGGCACAACGGAGACCACACCCAGCGGAGCCGCAACGGCAAGGCCGGCAGACUCAACCACGGCGAGAAAGGGCACGAUAAGCUCCGACUGCUGACCGCUAACUCUGCCAGCAUCCAGGCCACUCUGCUGAGAGAGCACAAGCUCCACAGCGCCCCCAGCAGGGGCCAAACGGGACAGAUGUGCACCGCAGGAGAGGCUGGGAGUGUGGAUGGCAGGAACACAGCUGUAGGGAGCUCCGUAACCCAGACGACAGGGAGGAGAGGGAGCCAGAGAGGCCAGAAUAAGAACUCCCACUCCCCUGCUCACAGCAGCGACUCAAACCACUCCCAGCACAACCACACUCACAGAGGGAGGAACUCUCGUCACCACAGAAAGACAAAAGGCGGCAACUCUUCCAAGCGUCACCACCGCUCCAGUCGGGGUCAAGCACACCACCGGAGCCCGUCGGCAUCUCCAGGACGCCACCCGUACACGUCGGGCAAGAAGAAAGAGGAGUCCCGGAGCAAACCCAACCUCCGGCAGCGCAGCAGCUCCUGGAGCAGCGGGCGCUCAUCCUCGCGCUCCGCCUCCAGAGACAGAGACCCCAGCAAAGCCAAGUCCCCACACAGCAGGCAGAACAACUCCAGAGAGAAGGACAGCCCUAACCGCUCCGACACCGACAGCCGAGCUCGCCGCCGCUCACGCAGCUACUCGCCCAUUCGCAAGAGGAGAAGAGAUUCACCCAGCUUCAUGGAGGCUCGCAGGAUCACCAGUGCUCGGAAGCGGCCGAUCCCGUACUACCGUCCCAGUCCUUCGUCAUCCAGCUUGGACAGCAGCCCGUCGCGGUCUAGUCGCAGCCGUAGCCGCAGCUACAGCAGCUACAGCCGCAGCCGAAGCCACAGCCGAAGCCACAACCGAAGCCACAACCGGAGCCACAGCAGAAGCCGGAGCCGCAGCCAGAGCCGGAGCUGGAGCCGCAGCAAGAGUCGCUCCCGCAGCCACCACAGUUACUACAGCCGCAGCAGCUACGACAGCCCCGGCUUCUGAGCGCAACACGCACAGCACGGAAGGGAAAUGAAAAGAAACCGAGAAGAAGUCCUGUUAAAUUUACUGUGCUCUGAUUCACUCAUUACGUAUCUUUAACACAGCUCUCCACAGUGCCCACACUGCUGUACAGCCCAGGGUCCAAGCUCCCCGACAACGAGCCUGGGUCAAAGAGGAUCUUUUAUUUUUUAUUUGAUUUUGAUUUUGACCUAGCACAUUACUAUAAAAUUGGCUGUCACUGUUCAUAACUUCACGUAAACAAGGUAUUAAAAGAAAAUGGGUUACCACAUGUCAAAAGUUAAUUUGGUAGAGCCUAAAGAACAAAUCUCGAUGUAUGUUCAUUUCUCUUCUUCCACAACGCAACCAAAAAUGAAUUCAUU